CUCACGGUCGCACGCCACCGCGCGCUCCGAUAACUAUGCGAGUAAUAAAUGAUAAUGUCUUCGUUACGAGCAAAUACCACCCGCUGCAGUGUGGAUGGGUGUAAAAACAACAAAAGCAAUAAACAUUUAUCGUUUUUUGCUCUUCCUGGAGACGAGGAGAUGCGAAACAGAUGGUUAGAAAUCAUAGGUAGAACUGACCUAUUAGAUAAAAAAGAUUUGAAACCAAGAAACUAUGUCGUUUGUUCGGCUCAUUUUGAAAAAGACAUGAUUAUACAGACGCCUCGCCUAAAGCCAGAAGCAUUGCCUACUAAGUAUAUUCCAGAAGUGACUAAUUAUACAAGUACCACUGAACCAACCAGGGACGUAUCAACACAAACGAAUUGGGGAGUCAAUAUAACAUCUAAUAAUAAAAGUGUUACAUGUAAAACCGUUGAAACACAAACGGAUGAGGAACGAAGGGAUGAAGCGCAAACAUCUAUUGGUCUAUCUACUGGCACACUAAGAAAAAGGAAACUUCGGACAGGAAUACAGGACCCUGAAGAAAAUAGAAGAAAAUUAGAAAUUGUUAAGAAGAAAAUAAUGAGACUACAGAAAAUUGAAAUAGAACUUGAAGCUGACACCUCUCACUCUAGCUCUUGGUGGGAAAUUGUAGACAUAUGACUUUGAAAUUAAU